AUGACGACUUCCUGUGGACUUAGAACGUCAGGUCAGCGUGUGUUCCUUGGCUGGCUCACGUUUAAGAAGCUGUAGCUAAUCAGAAGUUUAAUUCUUUGCAUACAGGGGCUAACUUUAAGUACAAUGUACAAAAAAUGAAACUUGAGAUAUAUAGACAAUCACUUAGGUUUGUAAUAAUUCGACAGGGGCGGAUUACAUGAGAGACACCUAGCAUAAACGCGCGAAACCAGAUUGUGAAAUUACCUCAAUUGUCAAAACUGAUGGAGUCGCAGAAGAAGAGCAUUCAACCUGCAAAUAAGACUUCAGCGUCUGAGGAGGAUAAAGAGGAGCAAUGCUGCGCUAAUACUUCCUGUGAAGAAAGUGAGAAGCAGGAGCCUUCAUCACCAAAACAGGGAGAUUUCAGUGAUCCGGUAUAUAAAGAGAUCGCAGUGGCAAACGGCACCAUCAACCGAAUGAACAGAGAUCAGCUGUGUGCAAAAUGUGCUGAGCUGAAGCUUGACACACGGGGAGUUAAGGAUGUCCUGAAGAAGCGCCUAAAAAGUUACUACAAAAGGCAAAAUCUGAUGCAUUCAGCUGCUGCAAAUGGGAACAUUGAUGUAUAUUUUGACUACAUCUGUGUGGUGGAUUAUGAAGCAACAUGUGAAGAGAAUAACCCACCUGACUACCUGCAUGAAAUCAUUGAGUUUCCCAUGGUGUUGAUCGACACACACACCUUGGAGAUUGUAGACUCAUUUCAGGAGUAUGUAAAGCCAGUGGUGAACCCACAGCUCUCUGAGUUUUGUGUAAAACUUACCGGAAUCACACAGGCAAGAUAUAUGAACUGCUUACUGAAUUAAAAAACAAUUUAAGAU